GAAAAAUUUGCGACGAUCGAGCAAGGUGGAGAAACAGGGAUUAUUAUUAUUGUAGAGCUGAGAACUGAGGACAAUGUCUGCUGAAUCGCCAAGUUCUGCUCGUAAAGUGGUUGUUCAUCUCAGAGCCACCGGCGAUGCUCCUAUUCUCAAGCAAUCCAAAUUCAAGAUAGCAGGAACUGAUAAAUUCGCUAAAGUGAUAGACUUUCUUCGCCGACAGCUCCACAGGGAAACAUUGUUUGUAUACAUCAAUAGUGCUUUUUCACCAAACCCUGAUGAAUUGGUCAUUGAUUUGUUUAAUAAUUUUGGUUUUGAUGGCAAACUGGUGGUCAACUACGCUUGUUCUAUGGCAUGGGGCUAACCCUGAAUGAUGGCUGCAGGUUACAAAAGCUCCAUAUUGUGAAUACAUUGUUUCCUUUCAGAAAUUCGGGACUUGCAUAUAAUCACAGUACACGAUUUCUUUUGAACUUGAAGAUUCUCACCGGAUGGAAGUGCGGUAAGACAUUUAAAGCAAACUGGAGUCACCCGUUUGGGUGUGUUCGUGUGAUAGUUAUGGAUGAUUAUGGUUUGUGCUGCUUGUUAAAAUGCUAAUCCUUCAGUAAUUCAUCAUGACAUUUUUAAAAAUAUAUUUUGCUGCCAAUACACAAACUCAUAGUCAACGGAUUGGAGGCACAAAAAAAGUUUAAAGGAUGAACAUAUUUUCAAACUUGCACCUUGGAUUCUUUUUUUUUUUGUCUGUAGGAAUCGAAGACAUGUACUGAGAGGUUUAUAAUCGCUCACGCAUCAUAUUCAAUCAAUUUAGCUAUACUGUCUUGGUUGGA